GAGGAGAUGGUGACAGCAGUGAUGACGAGCCAGGGCCGAGUUCGAGAGCAUAUCAUGGGAACGAGCGCGCACUUGUUUCUUUGAAUGAUCCUGUCAAGGUUUGCUUCGCUGAGCAACGCGAACCUGUCACACGCCAGCAGGAACAUCCCGACGAGCGGUUUUACGACCAUCUCCUGUGAAGAAGCUUCCAGCUGUUGCAUCUUUGAGAACCCUGUCUUCUGCAACAGCGGCUGACCCCGCCGUACAGUACAUCUUUCGUUACGACCACCGCCUCCCUGCGGACUGAUCUCUCUGUACCGGCUUGUUCUCUUCGUAAGCCGCCGGAAGUAGGCACAGCACGUGGCGACGGGGUGCGGCCGUCGAAACGAAACAUGGAGACUGGUGACUGCGGACCAACACCAUACUGGCCUCUCCAUAGCUCCCUCGGAGGGACAGGCAAGACGGACACUCGAAGCGGCAGCAGCAGCUGCAGCAGCAACAGGAACAGCAGCAACGCUAGCGGCGACGGGAGCGGGCUUCUGUCGGGUGGCCGUCAUGGACUGAACGGAUCAGACGGAUCUCCAGUUCCCCUGAUACGCAAUGCCAGCAGACCCUCCCACCAUUUCGAUGUGUCUUCAGAGUCGGGCGGAGGGAGUGAUGGCGGCGAUGGGGUAAAGACAAUGGGCAACGCCGGGAGGGGGGCAAACAAAACGAUAUCCUUCUGGCCGCUAGUUUUACUUAUUUUCUACGGUGUUAGCGGUGGACCCUUCGGCGUCGAGCCGGUCGUGUCGGCGGCGGGACCUUUUCUAGCUCUCAUGGGCUUUCUUUUCCUUCCUAUGGUCUGGUCAAUCCCCGAGGCGCUAGUCACCGCGGAGCUCUCUACAACCUUUCCGGAAGCCGCGGGGUGUGUGGCAUGGGUCUCAACAGCUUUCGGCCCGUUCUGGGGGUGGAUGGAGGGCUACGCGAGCUGGAUGUCCGGCGUCGCAGACAACAGUCUUUAUCCGGUUCUCUUCCUCGACUACCUUGUGAGCCUGCUUCCCAGAGACAGCUUUCUUCGUGAGGACGGGUUAGGCCGGUGGGGCUGCAUCGUCUGCCUCAAUUUAGGCCUCUCCUACCUGGCCUACCGGGGCCUUCGAGUGGUAGGACGGACCGCCAUAGCGGUGGCAGUGUUCAGUUUGCUCCCGUUCGUUGUUCUCGUGCUGUGGGGGCUUCCGGACUGCACGAUGCCGGAGUCGUGGAUUUCUCCGCCAGACGGGGGCUGGGGAGCGAUACGAUGGGGGACGUAUCUGAACGUCAUGUUCUGGAACCUCAAUUACUGGGACAGCGCGGCUUCUUUCGCCGGGGAGGUGGAGAACCCGGGAAGGACGUACCCUCGCGCCCUGGUCGCGUGCGUGGCCCUGGUCGUCCUGUGCUACGGCUUGCCGAUCUUCGUGGGGACCGGCGCGGCUUCCGUUGCGACGGCGGCGGCGGCUAAUAGUGCCGGCGAGGGGGGUCGGUGGUCCCUGUGGGAGGACGGGUACUUCGCGGAGGUGGCGGAGGCGAUCACGGGGCGUUGGCUCGGGGUGUGGGUGGUCCUGGCUGCAGCGGCGGCGAACAUCGGGCUCUUCGAGGCGGAGAUGACUUCCGACGCCCUCCAGCUCAUGGGAAUGGCGGAACGAGGGAUGCUGCCGGCAGUGUUUGCAAAGCGAGGGCCGCAUGGCAUCUCUACCCUGGCUAUCGUCGCCUCUUCCACGGGCGUGGCAUUUCUCGGGCUGCUGGGUUUCGAGACCAUCGUCGAGAUUUUGAAUCUUUUAUACUGUUUCGCUGAGAUUUUGGAGUUCGUGGCCUUCAUCAAGCUCCGAGUAUCCCACCGCGACAUGCAUCGACCGUACGAGAUUCCCCUGGGCACCGUCGGCGUGUGCCUGCUGCUGCUGCCGGCGGCGUGCUUCGUUCUUCUGCUCGCCGCCUUUUCGUCGGUCAUUACCUGGGUCGUGUCGGGGGUGGCCCUGCUGAUCGGAGUGGGACUAUACCCCGGCUUGCUGCUCGCGAAACGCGAAAAGUGGUGCGAGUUUCGAUCCGCGACGCGAUACGAGGGUGAUGUCGACGGGGCGGACAAUACGCCCUUGUACGGCAAUUGAACGUCGCGUGCGUGUAUUUUGUUGGCGCUUUGUGCGUUUGCGUUGUGUGGCAAUCCGUUUGCCCUGUUUUGCUCAUGCCGUCCUCCUUGUUUUUGUUAGUGAUACCGCGGGGUCAGUGCGAAGACGAGACGUUUAUGCGAGAGUCAAAGCAGCGUCAAAGUCUAGUACAGGUUUGGUUGCUGGACCAAAUUGUGUCGCAUGGCCCUCGUUGCCAUGGAACCCACGCUACAGCAUUUCUCUACGCUCGCAUGGAUGACGAGGCGAGGAUAGAGGGAUGCCUCAUGACAGAAAAUCGUACGGCCGCGGUCCAGAUGCUGCAUA